AUAAAAAGACAAGCCAUCAGCGGAUGAUAGCUUGAUAGAUUGGUAAUAGCUGGAAGGAGAAACAGAGUGUGAGAGAUGGCGUAUUGAAUGGGCGACGAUUUCAGUCUUAAUCGUUGAUAUCCUAUUCUCUCACAGCAGAUCUGCUCUCUUUAGUUCUUAGUCUUGUGAAAACAGUGAAUUCAGCAACACCAUGCAGGCAAAUGCGGGUAUGGUGGCCGGGUCGCACCGGACGAACGAGCUUGUCCGGAUUCGUCACGAUUCCGAUAGUGGGCCCAAACCUCUCAAGAAUUUGAAUGGCCAGAUAUGCCAGAUCUGUGGUGAUAAUGUUGGACUUACAGCAGCUGAUGACAUCUUUGUUGCUUGCAAUGAGUGUGCCUUCCCAGUUUGCCGGCCUUGUUACGAGUAUGAGAGGAAGGAUGGAACACAGUGUUGUCCUCAAUGCAAGACCAGAUAUAAACGGCAAAAAGGGAGUCCUCGUGUGGAAGGGGAUGAUGAAGAGGAGGACAUCGAUGACCUAGAGAAUGAGUUCAAUUAUACCCAUGAUAAUAGCAAGGCUAGACGCCACUGGCAGGGUGAAGAUCUUGCUUCUUCCUCUAGACAUGAAUCUCAGCAGCCAAUUCCUCUUCUCACCAAUGGGCAAGUGAUUUCUGGAGAAAUUCCCACCCAUGAUAACCAGUCUGUGCGAACUACAUCGGGUCCUUUGGGUACUGCUGAGAGGAAUGGUCAGUCAUCUCCUUAUAUUGACCCAAGGCAGCCAGUUCCUGUGCGUAUUGUGGACCCAUCAAAGGACUUAAAUUCUUAUGGUCUUGGGAAUGUUGAUUGGAAAGAAAGAGUUGAAGGUUGGAAACUCAAACAGGAGAAGAAUAUGUUGCAGAUGACCAAUAAGUAUUCUGAAGGAAAGGGUGAUAUAGAAGGCACUGGUUCAAAUGGAGAAGAACUCCAAAUGGCUGAUGACCCCCGGUUACCCUUGAGCCGUGUGGUGCCUAUUCCUUCAUCUCACUUGACCCCCUAUCGUGUUGUCAUCAUUCUCCGGCUUAUCAUUUUGGGUUUCUUCAUGCAAUAUCGUAUAACUCACCCCGUGAAUGAUGCGUAUCCUUUGUGGCUAAUCUCUGUUAUCUGUGAGAUUUGGUUUGCCAUAUCCUGGCUUCUGGAUCAGUUUCCAAAAUGGUCUCCUAUUAAUCGUGAGACCUACCUCGACAGACUUGCAUUACGGUAUGAUCGAGAAGGGGAGCCGUCACAGUUAUCCCCUGUGGAUAUCUUUGUUAGUACAGUGGAUCCCCUCAAGGAGCCUCCUCUUGUGACAGCCAAUACUGUUUUAUCUAUACUUUCUGUGGAUUAUCCUGUGGACAAAGUUUCGUGCUAUGUUUCAGACGAUGGGUCGGCUAUGUUAACUUUUGAAGCCCUUUCUGAGACUGCAGAAUUUGCAAGAAAAUGGGUUCCUUUCUGCAAGAAACAUAACAUUGAGCCUAGAGCCCCUGAAUUUUAUUUUGCCCAAAAGAUUGAUUACUUAAAGGAUAAGAUACAACCCUCUUUUGUUAAAGAGCGCCGUGCGAUGAAGAGAGAGUACGAAGAAUUUAAGGUGCGGAUCAAUGCCCUUGUCGCCAAAGCUCAGAAGAUGCCUGAAGAAGGCUGGACAAUGCAGGAUGGCACUCCUUGGCCUGGGAAUAAUCCAAGGGAUCAUCCGGGAAUGAUACAGGUAAAUCAUCAUUCGUCAGUACUAUCAGGAUUUUCUGUGUGUUUUAAUAGAAGUUUAAUUCCUCUUUGUUUUACGAUUUGGUCUAAACAGGUGUUCUUAGGUCAUAGUGGGGGACUUGACACCGAUGGUAAUGAGCUACCUCGACUUGUAUAUGUUUCUCGUGAAAAGAGACCUGGUUUCCAACAUCACAAAAAAGCCGGAGCAAUGAAUGCAUUGAUUCGAGUUUCAGCUGUCUUGACAAAUGGUGCAUAUCUUUUGAAUGUCGAUUGUGAUCACUACUUCAAUAACAGUAAAGCUCUUAAAGAAGCUAUGUGUUUUAUGAUGGAUCCUGCAUAUGGAAAGAAAACCUGCUAUGUACAGUUCCCUCAGCGUUUUGAUGGCAUUGACUUGCAUGAUCGAUAUGCUAAUCGCAAUAUAGUUUUCUUUGAUAUCAACUUGAAGGGGCUGGAUGGCAUACAAGGUCCAGUCUAUGUGGGAACUGGUUGCUGUUUCAACAGGCAAGCUCUUUAUGGGUAUGAUCCAGUCUUAACAGAGGAGGAUUUGGAACCAAAUAUUAUAGUCAAGAGUUGUUGUGGUUCAAGAAAGAAGGGAAGAAAUGGCAAUAAGAAGUACAUUGAUAAGAAGAGGGCAAUGAAAAGAACUGAAUCAACCGUUCCCAUUUUCAAUAUGGAAGAAAUUGAGGAUGGCAUUGAAGGAUACGAUGAUGAUAGGUCUCUUCUUAUGUCCCAGAAAAGCUUAGAGAAGCGUUUUGGUCAGUCUCCAGUUUUCAUUGCAGCGACAUUCAUGGAACAGGGAGGCAUUCCACCUACAACCAAUUCUGCUACCCUCUUAAAAGAAGCAAUCCAUGUUAUUAGCUGCGGAUAUGAAGAUAAGACUGAAUGGGGAAAAGAGAUUGGAUGGAUUUAUGGCUCCGUGACUGAAGAUAUCUUAACUGGGUUUAAAAUGCAUGCUCGUGGUUGGAUCUCAAUCUAUUGCAUGCCUCCACGCCCUGCAUUUAAGGGAUCUGCUCCUAUCAAUCUUUCUGAUCGGUUGAACCAGGUGCUUCGAUGGGCCCUUGGAUCGAUUGAGAUUUUUCUGAGUAGGCAUUGUCCCAUAUGGUAUGGCUACAAUGGGAAAUUGAAGCCCUUGGAGAGGCUAGCCUACAUCAAUACCAUUGUCUAUCCCCUCACCUCUAUGCCAUUGCUCGCUUACUGUAUCCUUCCUGCUUUCUGCCUUCUCACUGGAAAAUUCAUUAUUCCUGAGAUAAGCAACUAUGCCAGCAUGUGGUUCAUUCUUCUCUUCGUGUCCAUUUUUGCUACCGGUAUUCUUGAGCUUAGGUGGAGUGGAGUCAGUAUUGAUGACUGGUGGAGGAAUGAACAAUUUUGGGUCAUUGGUGGUACAUCUGCUCAUCUCUUUGCCGUAUUCCAAGGGCUGCUGAAAGUUCUUGCCGGCAUUGACACCAACUUCACUGUCACCUCUAAGGCAUCUGAUGAGGAUGGGGAUUUCGCAGAGCUUUAUGUGUUCAAAUGGACAUCGCUUCUCAUCCCUCCUACCACAGUCCUCAUCGUGAACCUGGUGGGUAUUGUGGCCGGUAUUUCGUAUGCAGUCAACAGUGGAUACCAGUCAUGGGGACCUCUAUUUGGCAGGCUAUUCUUUGCAUUGUGGGUCGUCGUCCAUCUCUACCCCUUCCUGAAAGGUUUAGUGGGCCGUCAAAACCGUACUCCUACAAUUGUCAUUGUGUGGUCUAUUCUUCUUGCUUCGAUUUUCUCCUUGCUCUGGGUUCGGAUUGAUCCUUUUACUUCCGAUGCCACGAAAAGUGCAGCAAAUGGCCAAUGCGGAAUAAAUUGCUAGAUCACUUUUGGGAUCAGUCUGGUUUGUUUUAGUACAUGUCAUAUAUAUCUCGUCCUCCAAGGUGCCCGUUGUGUAUAUAGGAAGGACAUUUAAAUGCUGAAGUCACAUGAAUUAUUUACAGUUACGGACAUUUUUUGGAAAGAAGUAACCUUACCAUCACUGAAACAUUCGGAAGACAUUUAUAUUCAGGCAUCAUUGUUGUCGUGUGGUGUGUCAUGAGGUGUUUUCUGUUUGGACAAUCGCAAUAGAUGUUCUUCUGAGUUGAAGUGUGAUCGUUUGCUGAUUCUGUUUUGUGAUUGUCAUUUGUAUCUUAUAGAAAAAUCUGGUUACUCAUCCAGUUAAGUUAUUUCAAAGAGGAAGAAAGAAAGAUGAACCCAUGGCAUUGCUUAGUUUAUU